AUGCGCAACCACGGGGUUGAGGCCGCCGGGUGGGAGGCCAACCUGGAGAAGUACGUCUCGACACUGAAGGAGUACGACUACAUGGUGCAGCGGGCGCGGGAGAGCCGGGACCCGUUUUUUGCCACGGGCGAGUAUUUAAUCGAUAAUCUCGUGCUCAAACGCUGCCUUCCGCCGGAACUGCUCAGCCAGCCACUCAGGAAGGUCAACUCGGUCUGGGAAUGGGAGACUGAAGGCGCGAAACAGUUGACGAUAGUCGGUACGCGCGGGGCUAACCUGUCCAAGACGUGGGUUUUCAACUUCCGGAGACGGGCGGUCAUUGCUGCGGUGGGCGGGAUGUUUCUCGUCGGGCCCAUGUGGUUGAUGGUGUUGCGGAGCGAGCUCAUCACCCAGCUGGUUGCGACGACGGUGUUUGUGACGGGGUUCGGCUUACUCAUGGCGGCAUUCCUGGACAAGGAUGAGGCGGUCCUGGCGAGCACGGCCGCGUAUGCAGCUGUCUUGGUUGUUUUCGUUGGGACCAGUAUUGGGAACGACUCGGGAGGAGUGACUAGGUAGUCCAUCAAUCAUGUCCUUAGAG